AUGGGUAAAUAUUCACCAUCAAGUAAACCAAUUGAUUCAACUUUAUGUCCAGAAAAUGAUGUUGUUAUAUCAUAUGUCAUUACAGGUGUUGCAUAUCGCAUUGUUGCAAGUGAUCCAUGUUGUUCUUGUCAAAGUGUCCAAGACUUUGUUGUAGGUUUUUCACAUGGAUUUACACCUGUUGACACAUCUCGUGAAGCAUUUAUUAAUUUUUUUAAAUUGUUACAAUCAAUUUUAUCAACUCCGUUUGUGAUUCAGUUGUAUUGUGAGUUAGUUAAUUAUGAAGAAAAUGUUUCACAAGAAACAAUUGAACGAUCAUUAAAAGACAAUGUUUCAAAAUUGCAAAUGCAUAUGUAUCUUGCGAAUCUUCCCGAUUAUUAUUGUGCAUUAACUCUAUAUGAUGGAAAAUUACUUUUAAAUAGUUCUGAACGUGGUUUAUUGAAAAGGAUUGGCAAGAUGAUUAGAUGGGAUUGGAAAUUGGAUUCACCUGAUGGCAUUAUGAUUGAAGACUGGGCAGCACUUUUGAUUGUUAUCAUUCAUGAAAUUGCACAUGGUCUUCGAAGAACAAUCAUUCAAAAAGCACGCAACUUGAUUUUAGCUCAAACACUACCAAAAAGUAUUGUUGAUAGUCAACGUGAAGCUGGAUUUUGUUUGGAAACAUUACUUUUUGGACAUAAAGUUGAAUCAAUUGGUUUACUUGAUGGUGAAUAUUUAUUGAAUGCGGCCAAUUGGGCAGUGGCUAAUGUUGAAAAUUUUCAAAAGAAAUUGAAAGAAGUAACAACAAAAGAUGAAGAACAAAGCAAAAAAAGCCAACUCAAGUUACCAUGUCGAUGUGUUCAAGAACCCACUCUUGGUGCUCGUAUUCGAAUUGGUGGUUGUGCAACAUCACAGUACGCCGUUCAUCUCAAUAACUGA